AUGGGUUCCGCGGAGGAGGCGGGGGGGCGGCAUGUGGACCUCCGCCGAGCGGCGUCGGCGGGCGUGCUGCAGGCGGAGGACCGCGCGCACGCCGCGGCGGAGGCGCUGCAGCAGCACCGCCCGGACCAGCAGCAGCAGCAGCCGGCGGCGCGCGCGCUGCCGGGGUGGGCGACGCGGCUGAUCGACUACUUCGUGGUGUGCGGGCUGGGCGCCGAGGUGCGCACCAUGGACGGCCAGCGCGGCUUCCACGGCGUCACGGCGCGUGACGGCGACCCCGUGCUGUACCAGCCGCAGAUGACGCCGCUCGACUUCUACCCGCCCAAGGAGCACAAGAAAUUCGGCGUCCCAGAGGGCCUCCCCAUGGUGGUGAUGCCGCGGGGGCUGCGCUUCUACGAGAGAGGACCGUUUUCCGGCGACAAAAGCACGCAGCCGCGCUCCUACCCCAUGGUCAUCACAGACACGGUGGGCACAAAGGUGUAUGUGGCGGUGGUGGCGUUCAGGGACUCGGUGGAGGAGUCAACUCACAAGUCACCUUCACCUCACCAACCCCUCCCCUCCCACCUCCCCCCCUUGUUGCGCGCCUUCCCUCCUCCCCCCUCGUCCCCCUCCCGCCCAGACACGGUGGGCACGAAGGUGUAUGUGACGGUGGUGGCGUUCAGGGACCCAGUGGAGGAGGACGUGGCGGAGGCAUACGGCAUCCCCCGCCUCGCACUACGUCGACAACCAGUAUGGGACACGGUGCAGCACCUGGUGACGGCAGUGCCACUGCCCGAGCCCGGGCAGCGCUCGGUGGUGUUCUCCGUGGAGAAGUGCCUCCUCUUCUGCGAGGCGCCGCCGCCCGCCACCCUGCCUGCCGUGCAGCUGUCGUUCCACCCGUUGGUGCGCAGCCUGGACGUGGACAACAUCAUUCUGCUCGUCACCGCCGUGCUGCUUGAGAAGCGCAUCCUCCUCCGCGCCACACAGUACGAGCUGCUCACACUGGUGGCGGAGUCGGUGUCGCACCUCAUCUACCCCUUCAAGUGGGCGUACCCCUACACGCCCGUGCUGCCGCUCAACAAGCUGGAGCUCGUGCACAUGCCGGGAAGCUUCCUGUUUGGCAUCGUGCCGACGCGGUGGACGGACCAUGACCUGCCGGGCGGGGUGAUGGUGGUGGAUCUGGACGCCAACCGCAUUGCCAUCACCACCAGUGGCUACGACGACGACGCCGACACCAUUCCCCCACUGCCCGAACCCGAGAACACACAGGUUCGGGAGGCGCUGCUGCAGCUGGUGGCUCCGGACCUGAUGGCGUUGGACCAGGCGCGCACGCGCGACUUCAGCUGCGACCUGCACAAGUUCAGACGGCCCUGGGGGCGCCUGCACGACCGCGAGAUCCGGUUGAUAUUCUUUCGAUUCUUCGCCUCCAUCCUCUGCAGCUACAGACAUUUUGUGGACAAGGUGGUGGAGCCAUCAGGCCAUCUCAAGUCGACGUUCAACAAGGCCAGCUUCUUCCGCAAGCGAGCCAAGGUCACUGGCAACACAGAGGAACCACUCAUCUCGCAGCUGCUGCACACGCAGUGCUGGCAGCAGUUUUUGGACAGCAGCAGUAGCGGCGGGGGCAGCACGUCGUUCUUUGACCGAGUGCUGGUGGAGUUGGAGCGCCUGGACAUCGCCACGGGCCCCGCCAUGGCCACUGUGGACCUCGCUGACGAUGACGGCGCGCAGGAGAUCAUCACCGUGCCGCCGCCCACGCCUAAAGGUGCGCCGCCCACGCCUAAAGGGAGCACGCAUCAGGCAUCAGUGGUGCCAGAACACUCUCCCGUGUGCUUUCAGAGCACCCAUUUGGGACCCGCUGCACCCUCAUUUCAAACCCUCUUCCCCGCGACACCCCUUUUUCAACUCCCCUUCCAUUCUAAACCUCACCUCCUCGUCCGUUCUUAUGUGUGUGUGGCAGAGCGGGCAGGGGGGCGGUACACACACCGGGCGUUCCCCUCCUUGGAGCGCAGUGCGGAGGAGAAGCAGCGGCGCUACGAGUUCCUGCAGCAGGUGCGCCUCGCCGCCGACGCCCAACACAACUCCGAGGCGCGCCGCGUCGAGCGCGAUGCCAUGGUGGGCGCCAUCAAGGGCAAGUUCUCCAAGCUGUGGGACCAGCUGCUGGCGCUGCCGCCCGACGAGGAGCCGCUGUCGUCACGGGAAUACGGCACAAUAUACGCGAUGAUGGAGGACGAGGAUGGCGUGGGGAGCUCUGGCUUUAUGGAGGUGCUACAGGACAAACUACAGUCCAAGGCGUGGGGAGGCGAGCUCAAGGCGGACCUCUUUGUGGCCGUGCGCGAGCUGGUGGUGCUAUCAAUUUCUCGGGCCGCCAUGCGCAGUGACAUGCAGUCGGUGCUGGCAGCAUUGGAGCUGGCGGGGCAGGUGCACCAGAGGGACGGCGCGGGCCACAAGGACACCGUGCUAAGACACAUCGGCGCUCUGCCCAUCUGGAAGGACUUCCGGUUCUGGAAGACAUACCACGACACGCAGCUGGAAGUCAACCCCGACUUUGAGGGCAAGGUGGCGGAUCUGGUGCAGCAGCUGCUGGGGGGCCUCGCUCAAGUCAUGGCGGAGAUGGGGCUGGUGGACGGGGACGCGUGGGCCAUGCUCGAGGUGCUCUCCAGCCGCCUCAGCCUGAAACGCCAGAUAGUGCUGCGAGGCCAGCUGGCGUUGCUGCAGCGUGCGUGGCAGUACUACCCACUCUCGCCCACCUCGCCUCUCUUCACCGCCACCUUCGCCCGCCACACACACGCCGCCCCCGGCGCCGCUGAGGAGGGCGGCGGCGAGGGUGCGGGCGGCGGGGGAACGGGCGGCGAGAGCCAGCUGACAACGGCGCUGGGGACGGCGGCGGGGAGGUGGAUGAGCACGCUGGGGAACCUCAACCUGGGCACCUUCCAGAAGCAGCAGCAGGACAAACUGCUGCAGGGGGGGGGAGGGUCCCAGCGCAUUGGAGUGUUUGACUCAGAGGGCGGCAAGGAGCGGCCGGGGGUGACGGCAUCCAAGUCGCUGCGCCACUCACACGCGCAGGGGAGGGGCGCCACAGGGGUGCGCGUGCUGCGCGGGCACAAGCAGCCAGUCACAGCGCUCCACGCAGGCACGCGCAGCGAGCUGGGCGACCUGCUGCCGGACAGCGAGGACGGCGCGGGGUACUUUGUGAGCGGCAGCUGCGAUACGAGUGUAAAGCUGUGGGACCCCAGCACCCGGGGGGAUGAGCUGCGCGCCACCAUGCACGGCCACACUGGCGCGGUGCGGUGUGUGGGGUCGGACGCCACGAGGGUGCUGUCAGGCGGCGACGACAAGCGGCUGUUGGUGUUUGACAAGGCCACUGCGCGCAUGCUGGCGGACCUGCGCGGCCACCACCAAAGUAUCAUAGCGCUGCGCAUGCUACCAGGGCUGAACAAGGGCAGUGUGGUGACUGCGGGCAGGGAGGGGCAGGUGAACCUGUGGGACACACGCACGGACCACAUCGCCAGCACGCUCUUCACCUGCCCCUCCCCCCACAUGAUCCUCGCCCUUGACUACCUGGACCACGCCGGCAUCCUCGUUGCUGCCGGCACCCAGGGCAUCUGUUAUGUGUGGGACGUGCGGGCGGGCAAGGAGCGCUUCCAACUAGAAGGCCACACCAACUGGGUCAGGUGGGUGCCACCUGAUCAGGUAAGUGGCACCUGGGUCAGGGCGGUACGGGUGGCGGGGGACGUGGUGGUGACGGGGAGUGACGACUGGACGGCGCGCGUGUGGACACUCAACGACGGCGAGUGUGAGGCCACUGUAGCGUGCCAUGCGGGGCCCGUCACGGCCGUGGACUAUGUGACGGCGUCACGUGGCUUCAUCACUGGCUCGGCUGACUGCACCGUGCGCCUCUGGGACCGCGGGGAUGGCGUGCAGCCGAGGUGUGUGAAGACGCUGACGAACCACACGGCGCCCAUAGUGGCGGUGCGGGCGUCUGACCGCUACGUCACCAUGGCAGCAGAGGACGACUCGCUCUCCCUGCUGCACCGCCCCUUCGCCGACCGCUCCUCGCCCUCCCUGGGCCCCCUGGGCGGGCCGGGCAGCAUGAGCAACGGCGCGCGCGGCUACGUGGGCAGCGUGGGGGUGAUGACGGACUGGCAGCUCGCCAGACAUCUCAACCGCGCACCCGACCUGAUCCGGCACGCGGCAUGUGAUGUGGACCGCGGGCGCAUCUGCACGGGUGCUCGGUCAGGAGUGCUGCGCGUGUGGGAACCACCCACACCCCUCGCUUGA